CUGUCCCGAACGUUCAUGGUCGGAUCUCCGCUGAAGGACUCCGUGUCUAGCUUUCGCUUAGUGGAACAACUGUCAAUUAACAUCCGCCACCUCGACGCCACUCGACCCAAUGGCAACGAUAGCCCCGUCAACGCGUGCCAGGACUCGAACCAUUGCCAACACGUUCUCUGCGGAACUAUGGUCGACACUACCGGUAGACAUCCUGCGUGAAAUCAUCCACGAGAUAGCCAUCAACUACCCUGUAGCCGCUGGCCACCUCCGACGCGUAUGCAGCGAGUUCAACCGAUGGAUUCUGCCUGUGAUUUUGAAGCACGUCGUUCUCGAGACUUCCAGUGAUGCGAUGCGCUACGCCAGGACGAUACAUGGGUGGGAGGAUGAGCCAACGAAGGUCGACGACAACCCUUGGGCCGUGCCGCUCAUCAAAUCGCUUGUAAAGCCCAGGCGCAAUCGAUUUCCGCGGUCGGUAAUGUGCGCACAGUCCCUUGCCCUCGUCACCCCAACGCAGCUCCCGUCCGUCGAGAAUGCUCUUUCCGGCGUUGACACUCUGGCUGACAUCCAUUCCCUCGCGAUAUCUUACGGAAAUCUGGGCGCACAUCGGUUCUGGCUCGUCAGCAAGCGCGUGCGCCCGCGGCGUAUCAUGCUGCUACACCACGGGGACCCAGUAUACAUCGAUAUGCGGGACGAGCUGUUCUCCGAAGUCACGCAUCUCUACGCCAAUAAUCCCAAUUACCUGACAAUAUGGGACGGCUAUCGCCUGAGAGACUAUUCCCGCGGAAGGCGCAUCCGCUCAGAAUGUCUGCGAUAUAUCGCAAUCCAUACCAAGCUGGAGACUAUGACUGAGGCUCAGCGGAGAGAUGUGGCGGACGGUUUACGAUGGAUAUUGGAGGUGUACCCUGACAUCGAACAUCUCGUCCUGACGGUGUUACCGAAUCCACAAAACCGACCUCAGGAUACUCUUCGCCGUGUCCUUCCACCUGUGCCCCUUCACGAGAGAUUCGACGGAGAACAGGCGGAGAGACGCAUUGCUGCGGCACUGCAGCCUACAACGUACUGGGACGCGGUCUUCCCGGAGUUGUCAGCUGACACCCGCCGGACGGAAUCGCGCAAAGACCUGCACCGUGACCCGCGCUUCACGCCACUGCUAUUCCCCUUCGACGCGCGGCGCGAAUGGACGGCGGAGAUGGACGUCUGGAGACACGCGGAGCUCUGGAAACGUGCAGGGUCUGGAGAGUUGGCGGAGACAGAGUUUCAGAACCUCUGCGACGAGCUUGCCAAAGCGUGGAACGGCUACCCUUCUCAGACGGCCCCACUGAUCAUUUCUCCGACACCAUCCGCCACUACUACUGGGGGACCCUGGCUUACAGACGCCACUAAAGAUAAGAAAAUGUUGCGUGGGCGAAAUGCUACAGCAACCCCUGCUAUCACCUGGACCCCCGUCGAAGCACCCUGGGCAUUGCAACACUGAGUCCUACGGCAUCGUUCGGGUACGGGCGUGCAGGUGUAAAGCAGGUUUUGUAUAAUUGAAUGUGAAAUCAUGGGCCUAAGCGACGGCCGACUGCGUCGAGGCUCUGUCCCCUCUCGUACGGCAAGCCCGUUCCCCGCUUAGCUUCCACCCCAUAUCCAGAAUGACGGGCUCCGUCGCGCGCGCUGUCGGGUGCUGUACAGCUCCUCAUGUGCAGGGUCUACGCCGUCGCGGCGGAACCGUGACAUGGCACCGCCCAAUCGUCGCCCUGAUACCCGGGUUUCUUCCCCUGACAUUCAAUGAAUAUGCAACUUCUUCUUAAGGAAGACCGUUUCCGUUCUGCGUCCU